AUGGUCACAGUUUUUCGGAAGGGUGGCCUAAAAAGUGGGAAACUGAAGGAAAUAGAACCGCGUGAACUUAAGGAAAUUGAAACAACCCCCCCUUCUUUCUUUCCCCAAUUCAUAACCCUAGCCCCCAUUGUCGCCGCCGUCCGAAGCUUGUUGGCGCCGCCGCCGUCCCAAGCUCUAAGGACAUCGUCUUUAUCUUCCUUGGCUUCUCCGUUCGUCGAAGAUCUCUCCUUACACCUUCUCCGUCGUCGCCAUCGGCGUCUCCAUCGGUGUCUCAGUUCUCAUUGCUGCUUGAGGGAUUUACGUGCUGCAAUCAAGGCUCCCCGAAUCACUUCCACGAAUCUCAUUAGUGUUAGAGGAACUAUCGAAAGGUAUAAGAAAGCAAGUGCUGCUUCCUCAAACACAGAAUCUGUAUCUGAAGCUAAUACACAGUUUUAUCAGCAAGAAUCAUCCAAAUUAAGAAGACAGAUUCGUGAUAUUCAAAAUCUAAAUAGGCACAUCCUUGGUGAAGCUCUUAGCUCUCUGAGCCUCAAGGUCUUAUUUUUCUAUCCUCCAUAAAAAAGUGGCCGCUUAAAUGCCUGGAUCUUCUCUCUUUUUGCUUCCCUGGAAUAUUGGAGGAGGAUAUGAUGUGAAGAAAAUAUGUUCAAUACAAAUAUAAGAUGGGAUGGGUCUUAUAAUGAUUUUGGUUAUCUAAAUGUAUUAUUUUGAUGUCUUCUUUACAUUUUGAUAAGAGAUUUUAUUCGAUAAUACAUGUAAUGGAUAAAUUACACUCUAUUUUGAUUAGUGUUGUAAUGGAUAUCUACUUUUUAAUGAAACUUUUAUGAUUUA